AUAAAUGGUGUCCAGCUCUCAUCUGGGGUGGCUGUAGCUGAGGAGCAGGUCACCUGGUCUUGCUCAGAGUUUGGUGGUUCGAUCGCUGGCUACUCCAGCCUGCCUCCCAAAUAUCCGUGGGCUAACCCCAAGUUGCUCUGCGAUGUGUCCAGCAUGAAUUGGUGUGUGAUUGUUAUGCUCCCUGUCUUUAUAAGAACCAUUUGCUUGUCCUCUGCAGGAACUCGCUGUGACGAGUGCUUGCCUGCUUACUAUGGAAACCCCGAGGAGGCGGGUGGGCAGUGUCAGCCGUGUCAGUGCAACAACAACAUUGAUAUGCUGGACCCCGAAUCGUGCGAUGCCCAGACCGGUGAGUGUCUGCGCUGCCUGUACCACAGCGAGGGUGCCGCCUGCGAGAGCUGCACGCUGGGUUACUAUGGCAAUGCCCUACUCCAGGACUGCAGGAAGUGCGUUUGUAACCGGCUUGGCAGCGUUCCCUCCAGCUGCCCGUCCUCUGACUGUCACUGUGACCGCAGCAGUGGUCAGUGUCACUGUCUACCCAAUGUGGUCGGCCAGCAUUGCGACCGCUGCGCACCUGACACCUGGAAUAUGGCGACGGGCACCGGUUGUCAGACCUGCGACUGCGACCCCAAACACUCAUACGGGACAUCCUGCAAUGAGGUGAGCAGCCCCUGGCGAUUAACAGACCGAAAGUCCUCGAGGUGAAGACAAAUGUUGUAUUUCA